AGUGGGGAUAAAUAUAAUGGUAAGUAUAGUUUUGUAAGGGUGGGUGUAUUGGUACGUUGGUAAGUAUUAUAGUCGUUUUAUACGGUAUGAAAAAAGUGGGAAGACAAGUCCAAGGAAGUAAAUUGGUCUUUUUUCGCUAUAAAAACCCCCCCGCCCGCUCCCACUUCAAUCAAUACCCAACGGGCCACUUCCAAUUUUUUGUCCUUUUCUUUCAAUCUUUCACUUUCAUUCCCUUCAUACAUCUUUUUCUAGCAACUUUGAUGAUACUCUCAAACAUACAUACACUCAUUUUCUAAAUAUAUAGUACUACAGUAUUAAUGUCAUCUCCUUUUUGUCAUUCAAUAUAUAGAACUACACUACUCUUCCCUACCCAAAAGAAAAUAUAAUUAACCGACUUAUUAAGAGCUUCACGGGAUCACUGAGUACCACUGCCUCUCUACUGCGCAAUAAUGAAGGAAGUUGAAGUGGUACAAAUUUCAGAAGCAGAGAGCUGUUAUUCGUCUUCCUCUUCUUCUUCUUCUUCUUCUUCUUCAUUGUCCACUGAUUCCAUGCACAAAUCGGUUUUCGACUCAUCUAAGGCAUUACUGGAAGAAGAGAAGAAGCAGCCAAGGAAGCGAACGAAGAAACAGAGGACGGCGACUAACAGUGAGAGUAUACACAAAAUAUACAGAGGCGUUAGGAUGAGGAGCUGGGGAAAAUGGGUAUCUGAAAUACGUGAACCAAGGAAGAAAUCGCGUAUUUGGCUUGGUACUUAUCCUACAGCAGAAAUGGCUGCUAGGGCACAUGAUGUUGCAGCAGUUAGUAUUAAAGGAAAUACAGCCAUUCUCAACUUUCCCCAUCUCAUUAACUUCCUGCCUCGUCCUGUUUCCAAUGCACCGAGAGAUGUUCAAGCUGCUGCAGCUAAAGCAGCUUCAAUGGCAGACUUAUCCUCAUCUUGUGUUCCAUCAUCGUCUUCGUCUUCAACCUCAUCAACAACAACAACAUCAUCGGGAUCUGAAGAACUCUGCGAGAUUAUUGAGUUACCUAAUUUAGAGGAAAAUAAUUACGACCCGAAAACUGAGUUGAGGUUGAGUGACUCAGUUGAAGGGUUGUUGUACUCGCCAUGGUGGAGCACAACAACAACAACAACUGAUGGUACAGAUUUUUGUGGUUAUUUUCUGGAGCAGUAUGCAGCAGCAGCAGCAGGGGAAAGUUUUACAUCUUGCAGCUUUGAGACACUGAAAUGGGCUUGUCAAAGCUGAUAACAAUGGAACUUUUUGGACCAAGAGAACUGUGGGCUUUUGCUUUGCUCUGUUUUUCUUUUUGUCUUUUACUUUCUGGUUCUUUUGAAUAUCUGUGGGAUAUUAGUAGUUACUCCUACUGUUUUAGUAAAUAUACUUAAAUAUAUCAGUUUAGUUGUCCAUAAAUAUAAACUUUAUUUACUCUUUUCUUAUUGAAUAUAGAAGAAAUGUGUUUUAACACUGUCCUA